AUGUCGAGUAUGUCAAGUGCACAGAUUGUGUCAGCUGGGAGUAUAAUACACAACAAGAUGCCCUCUGCCCUCAUCGGGACCCUUGCCCUUCACGCUUCCACCCCCUCCUAUCCUCAACCGAACUUCUGGCAACCUGGAUUGCAACCCGGAACAUCGCAAGAUGUCAAGCCAUUUUCACAGCCAGCUUACACGGGAAAACCAGCGACUGCGGUAUCUAGCGGUGACAUGGUACAGGCACAACCACCUCCACCCUGGGAAGGACGUUCCAUUGCCACACAUAAGCUGAGACUUGUCGAGUUUUCAGCAUAUAUGGAUCAGCAUCGAGAUCAAGACAUUUACCAUAAACACUUGUUCGUCCACAUAGGAGGAUCAGCGACUUAUACGGAUCCACUUCUAGAAGCCGUUGAUGUCAGGCAAAUUUAUGACAAAUUUCCAGAAAAGAAAGGAGGUUUAAAAGAGCUCUAUGAUAAGGGACCACAAGCAGCUUUCUUCCUUGUUAAAUUUUGGGCGGAUCUCAAUACAAAUAUCCAAGACGAGGCGGGCGCUUUCUAUGGUGUAACAAGCCAAUAUGAAAGCACCGAGAACAUGACGAUAACAUGUUCGACAAAAGUAUGUUCGUUUGGAAAACAAGUGGUAGAGAAGGUGGAGACUGAAUAUGCAAGGUUUGAGAAUGGAAGGUUUGUUUAUCGUAUCAGUCGUUCGCCUAUGUGUGAAUACAUGAUAAACUUUAUUCACAAACUCAAGCAUCUGCCAGAAAAAUAUAUGAUGAACAGUGUUCUUGAGAAUUUCACAAUUCUUCAGAUUGUUACAAAUAGAGAUACACAAGAAACGUUACUGUGUACAGCGUAUGUCUUUGAAGUGUCGACGUCUGAACAUGGUGCUCAGCAUCACAUAUACAAACUGGUCAAAGAUUAG